AGCGAGAGUGAGUAAACGAGGUCGAGCCGGAGAACCGAACGCAGUCUGAUUGUGUCACAGAGACGGUGAACACCUGAACACAACCGGCUCUGAUCAUGCUGUGGACGCCGGUUCUCUGUCUGUGUCUGUGUGUUCAGUCUCUGGCGGUCCCCGUUCCAGCGCACCGAGAGCACAGAAAACUGCUGCUGGUCUCCUUCGAUGGCUUCAGGUGGGACUACGACAGGGACGUGGACACUCCGCACCUGGACGCCAUGGCGAAGGAUGGGGUCAAAGCCACAUACGUGACCCCUUCGUUCCUCACUAUCACCAGCCCGACACACUUCACCAUCCUCACAGGGAAAUAUAUCGAGAAUCACGGUGUAAUUCACAACAUGUGGUUUAACACCAGCACCUGGGAGAAGAAGUCCUACUACAAGUCCCAGUUUGUGAACGAGUGGUGGGACAGUGGAAGUGUGCCCAUAUGGAUCACGGCUCAGAGACAGGGUCUGAAAGCCGGUUCCCUCCACUUUCCCGGAACAGCAUCCACUUAUCAGGGAGAAAGUGCUGUAGUGAGAGAAGUGGAGCCGGCAAACUACAACUACAGCAACGAAACGGCCUGGCGAGAAAACAUAGAUAAAGUGAUGGAGUCCUGGUUCAGAGGGCAGGACCUGGACUUUGUGUCCAUGUACUUCGGAGAGCCCGACGCCACGGGACACAGGUACGGGCCGGAUUCUCCCGAGCGCAGGGCGAUGGUCCGGCAGGUGGACCGGACUGUGGGAUACCUGAGGAGCUCGGCGGAGAGACACGGCCUGAGCGAGAGCCUCAACAUCAUCAUUACGGCCGAUCAUGGCAUGAGCACCGUCUACAGGAACGGCCUGGUGGAGGAGAUCGUGCUCUCCAAGAUCCCCGGCUUCUCUUUCGGGGAUCUGUCCUUCCAUAUUGUGGACUUCGGACCGGUGGGACUUCUGCUUCCCAAAGAAGGGAGACUCGAGAAAGUGUACAACGCACUGAAAGGCGCUCAUCCGCAUCUCCACGUGUAUAAGAAAGAGGAGAUGCCCGCUCGCCUGCACUUCUCCCAGAACGAGCGCAUACUACCCAUCAUCCUCUGGGCCGAUGUAGGAUACGUCAUCAAUGGGGUGAGAGACUUUCAUUUUUAAAAAGACGUGAAAGCG